AUGGAUAAAGAAGUGAGUGCCUUCCCCUCUUUUAUCUCAACUUUUUCCGCUUUUAUGAGGUUAUUCAGGCUGUAAAAAAAAUGAUUGUUUUCCGUUUUUUUCGUUUUUUUUACGUCAAAAAAUCCAAUUCAGCGAUGUAAAAAAAACGAAAAAAACGGAAAACAAACAUACGCUGAAUAGUCUCAUUAGACGGAUAAUAAUGGGGUUAUUCAGCUGUGAAAAAAAAUGAUUGUUUUCCGGUUUUUUCGUUUUUUUACAUCAAAAAAUCCAAUUCAGCGAUGUAAAAAAAAAACGAAAAAAACGGAAAACAAACAUACGCUGAAUAGUCUCAUUAGACGGAUAAUAAUAGGGUUAUUCAGCUGUGAAAAAAAAAUGAUUUUUUUUCCGUUUUUUUCGUUUUUUUACGUCAAAAAAGCGGAAUUGAGCGGAAUUCCGUCUUCCGUCUUCCGUGUUUUUUUUUUGUUCCGUCUUCCGUCUGCCGUCUGCCGUCUUCCAAAACAAACGCCCCCUUUGUUGCGCCCCCUAAUAAUAAGAAUAGAAUUCCCGGUGAUGAUCCUUUGAUACAGGAACGGAAACUUCUGCGGAGCAGUCUGUCUAGCCUGAUCAAAUCGCAUAUGAACCAAGUAAGAGAAAAGGAGUAGCGAAUAUCGGACUUUGGUUCGAGCAAGUUUAUCAAGAAAGGACCCAUAUACAUCCCGAUGAAGCCCGAUGUGAGUACAAGUUCUCGGAGGCCUAGUUUCUGUUGCUGUUUAAGUUAUAAUUAGCCAGACUAAUAGCAAAAAGAUUUUGCACCUAAGCUUUAGAGUACUUUCACAAGUUUUCCAGACAAAGUAAAGCCUAAGCUUCUAGGACAAAACAUUAUAUUCCCCUGAGAAGAUUAGGCAGAACAAUUGGGCCUCCGAUUCCAAAACAGCCGAACUUUCCACAUUUCACACUCUAAAUACUGCAGAUUCCUCCUCCAGCGAACCUGCCGAAUGACAUCGUUCUGACGCAGGUGAUUUACGAUCCAUCGGGAAACGAGAUCUACGACAUCGGGUCCGACGUAGACGACAUUGAGAUCUAGCCUGACCAUCGACAGGCCGACGUUAACCGAGGAGGAGACGAACAAUCAGAAGAGCAGAAAGGCGCCGACACCGAGCAACAAGAAGAAGGACGCGACAAAGUCCCCGAAUAUGACGCUCGACCAGAAAAGUCCGAAGACUGAGAGCCAGAAGAUCAUGAAGUCGGCGAAGAAGCAGUAG